AGCUCCACCACGUCCGUCGGCCUGGACGCCCGCGGACCGCCCCAGGAAGCCCGGCCCCGCCCGCCCCGGCCCGCACAAGUGAGCAGCGGCGCUCCCGCAGCUGUGCGUCCCCGGGCGCCCGCGCACCCUCUCUGGACUCCGCCAGGCCUGAGGGCGGGAGGCCGCAGCCGCGGCGGCGGGGGCGCCCCCUAGAGGUUCGCGUGGGCCAAGGUCCGGACGGGCGCCGAAGCGCCCGGUGUCGUGUGGGCCCGGAUCUCCAGCCCCACCAGCAUGGGCAGCCUCGCACACCGAGAAGACCUGAAGGAGGAGAAGAACUCAGAGUUCACCUGGGAGGUGCAAGCCAACAACCGGUCCUACAACAACCAGUUCAAGGAGAAGGUCUUCCUGUGCUGGCAGAGGAAGAAGUACAAGAGGAACGUCAUCCACACGGCCAAGUACAACGUCUUCUCCUUCCUGCCCUUGAACCUGUAUGAGCAGUUCCACCGCAUGUCCAAUCUCUACUUCCUUCUCAUCAUCAUCCUCCAGGGCAUCCCCGAGAUCUCCACGCUGCCCUGGUUCACUCUGUUCGCCCCGCUUGUCGGCCUCCUCACCAUCCGGGCCACCCGAGACCUGGUGGAUGACAUUGGGCGACACAGGAGCGACAGGAACAUCAACAACAGGCCAUGCCAGAUCCUGAUGGGGAAGAGCUUCCUGUGGAGAAAGUGGAAGAAUCUGUGUGUAGGAGACGUAGUCUGUCUGCACAAAGACAGCAUCGUCCCGGCUGACUUGGUCUUGCUGGCCAGCACGGAGCCCAGCAGCUUGUGCUACGUGGAGACGGCUGACAUCGACGGGGAGACCAACUUGAAGUUCAGGCAGGCCCCAACGAUCACCCACCACGAGCUGACCAGUAUAAGGAAGAUGGCGUCCUUCCAAGGCAAAGUGGUGUGUGAGGAACCCAACAGCCGGAUGCACCACUUUGUGGGGUGCCUGGAGUGGAAGGGCAAAAAAUACCCCCUGGAUAGCGGCAACAUCCUCCUGCGCGGCUGCAAGAUCCGGAACACGGACACCUGCUAUGGACUGGUCAUCUACGCCGGUUUUGACACAAAGAUCAUGAAGAACUGUGGCAAGACCCAUCUGAAGAGAACCAAGAUAGACCAUCUGAUGAACAGACUGGUGGUCCUGAUCUUUCUGUCCAUGGUGGUAAUCUCCGCGGUCCUGACCUUGGGCUUCCGGUACAAGGUGAGGGAGUUCAAGGCCAAGCACCACUACGUGUCUGCCCAGCACGUGCGCAGCGAGGCCAUCCAGUCCUUCUUCAUCUUCUGGGCCUUCCUCAUCCUGUUAAGCGCCAUGGUGCCCAUGGCCAUGUUCAUCUUGGCCGAGUUCAUCUACCUGGGGAACAGCAUCUUCAUCAGCUGGGAUGAGCGCAUGUACUACGAGCCCCAGGACUUGCCCGCCAGAGCGCGAAGCACCAGCCUCAACGACCUGCUGGGCCAGGUGGAGUACAUCUUCUCCGACAAGACGGGCACGCUCACGCAGAACGUGAUGACCUUCAAGAAGUGCUGCAUCAACGGCGUUAUCUACGGCCCAGAGGAGGAGGACACCCUACUCAAGGUGAGCCCGGCCGCCUUGAAGCCCCGGAUGGUGGGGGCAUUGACAGGGACCCACCCAGGGCUGGCCUGUCCCCCCACUGCCCCCCAGGAGGACCCCUACCUCUGGAACAAGUUUGCCGACGGGAAGCUGCGCUUCCACAACGCGGAGCUCCUGCAGGCCGUGCGGGCCAACCAGGACCGGAGGGUGCGCGAGUUCUGGCGCGUGCUGGCUAUCUGCCACACGGUGAUGGUGCAGGAGAAGAACAACCAGCUGUCGUACCAGGCAGCUUCCCCAGACGAGGAGGCGCUGGUCACGGCGGCCCGGAAUUUCGGCUACGUGUUCCUGGCGCGCACGCAGGACAGCAUCACUGUGAUGGAGCUGGGAGAGGAGCGGGUGUACCAGGUCCUGGCCAUGAUGGACUUCAACAGCGUGCGCAAGCGGAUGUCGGUGCUGGUCCGCAACCCUGAGGGCUCCAUCUACCUCUACACCAAAGGGGCCGACACGGUCAUCUAUGAGCGCCUGCAGAAGAAAGGCCUGAUGGAGUGGACCACGGAGGAGGCCUUGGCCUCCUUCGCCGAGCAGACCCUGCGGACACUGUGCGUGGCCUGCAAGGAGGUGGACGAAGACAUGUACGAAGAGUGGCGCCAGCGGCACCAGGAAGCGAGCAUCCUGCUGCAGAGCCGUGCCCACGCCCUGCACCAGGUGUACGAGGAGAUGGAGCAGAACCUCCAGCUGCUGGGAGCCACAGCCAUCGAGGACAGGCUCCAGGACGGUGUCCUCGACACCAUCAAGUGUCUCAAGCAGGGGAACAUCAAAGUGUGGGUUCUCACAGGGGACAAGCAAGAGACAGCAGUGAACAUCGGCUUUGCCUGCCAGCUGCUCUCGGAGAACAUGAUCAUUCUGGAGGAGAAGGAGAUUGUGCGGAUCCUGGAGGUCUACUGGGAGAGCAACAAUAGCCUGCAGGGUGGCAAGAGGGGUCGCCUGAAGAAACAGCUCCCCCUGAAGGUCAAAAUGGCCUUGGUCAUUAACGGGGAGUUCCUGGACCAGCUGCUGCUGUCCCUGCGCAAGGAGCCCCGGGCCCUGGUCCAGAACGUGAGCUUGGAUGAGGAGGAGCCCUGGCAGGAGCCCAGAGAGGAGAGGGCGGACUUCCUUCAGGCCAGGCGCCUGUCCCUGAUGUGGCGGGUCCUCGGGAUCCAGCUGAGGAACACGGGGCUGGCACCGCAGGACAAGGACUCCAAAGCCCUUGAGAGCGCCGAGGUGCGACGGGAGCGGGCCUUCGUGGAACUGGCCUCCCGGUGCCAAGCGGUCAUCUGCUGCCGGGUGACGCCCCAGCAGAAGGCGUUGAUCGUGGCACUGGUCAAGAAAUACCAGAACGUGGUGACCCUGGCCAUCGGGGAUGGCGCCAAUGACGUCAACAUGAUCAAGACUGCGGACAUCGGCGUGGGGCUGGCGGGUCAGGAGGGCAUGCAGGCGGUGCAGAACAGCGACUAUGUGCUGGCCCAGUUCUGCUUCCUGCGGCGGCUGCUGCUGGUGCAUGGCCGUUGGUCCUACAUGCGCAUCUGCAAGUUCCUGCGCUACUUUAUCUACAAGACGCUGGCCAGCAUGACGGUCCAGAUCUGGUUCGCUUUCUACAGCGGCUUCACUGCCCAGCCUCUGUAUGAAGGCUGGUUCCUGGUGCUCUUCAACCUGCUCUAUACCACCCUCCCGGUUCUCUACAUUGGGCUCUUCGAGCAGGACGUGAGCGCCGAGCGGAGCCUGGAGUUGCCCGAGCUGUAUGUGGCGGGCCAGAAGGAUGAGCUCUUCAACUACUGGGUCUUUCUCCAAGCCAUCGCCCACGGCACGGCCACAUCCCUGGUCAACUUCUUCAUGACCCUGUGGAUCAGCCGUGACUCAGCUGGGCCUGUCAGCUUCAGUGACUACCAGUCUUUCGCGGUGGUCGUGGCCCUGUCAGGACUGCUGUCCAUCACCAUGGAGAUCAUCCUCAUCACCAAGUACUGGACCGUCCUGUCUGUGCUGGCCAUUUUCUUCAGCCUCUGCUUCUAUGCGGUCAUGACCUGGCUCACCCAGAGCAUCUGGCUCUUCAAAGUCUCCCCCAAGACCUUCCCAUUUCUGUACGCUGACCUCAGCGUGCUGUCCCAGCCCCCCAUCCUGCUGGUGAUCCUGCUGAACGUGUCACUGAACACCCUGCCCGUGCUGGCCUUCCGCAUCAUUUACCAAGCCCUCCAGAAGCCACGGCCCAAGGAGGAGGAGGAGGAGGAGACCACAAGUGAGGAGAUCAUCACCGUGGAGCCCAUACCCCAUGUCCUCCGGGAGGCACGGACCCGGCGCUCCAGCUAUGCCUUCUCCCACCGGGAGGGCUAUGCGGACCUCAUCACACAGGGCACAAUUCUGUGGAGGUCACCAGGGGUCAACAGCGACAUGCUGGUUGAUCACACGAGGCCACCUGGUGAGCUGCCCUCGAGCGUGGAGGAGUCCUCCUGGUACCCCAGGAAGAUGUCGUUCCUGGGGAGGAACAGGCGCCAGCACCAAGGGAAGGUGUCCUCCGAGGAUGUUCAGCCUGCCUCUGAGGUGAGCUCAUCCUUGCCUGUGGAUGGACAGUCCUCUCCUUAUCAGGAGAGCCAGCACCCUCUCACCAAACACCGGCUGUCCGGGUCUCUGCAGGAGGUGUUGCCGAAGAGGCCGGAGAGGUCACUGUCAUGUGAGCCGUGGCCAUAUACUCCCGACAGUGUGCCACCAACCAGGGAGACACCACUGUCAGCGGAGGAGAGCCAGAUGAUUUCUUCUGAGAGCCAGAUGCUGCCUUCAAGCCAGCUGUCUUUGAAGAGGCAGUCAGCACACUUGCAGGAGAAGACAUCCCUCUGGAAGAUCCGGAAACUGUCCUGGAAGAACUGGCCAUACACCUGGCAAAAGGAGCCCGGGCCCCCCAAGGAGGGGACGGUGCCAGUUUCCGACUCGAACCUCACUGCUCUGAUGGAAACUCCACCACCAACUGCAAGAGGAUCAUCCACCAGCGAGCAGCUGGUGGAGGUGGAGCCCUCACCUGUGGAGAAGCAACCGUCGCCCAUGGAGUGGCUGCCAGGGCCCAGCGAGGGUCAAACUCCACCUGAUCUGGCAGGGCUGCCGCCCUCACCUGAGGAACAGCAGUGACUGCCCAGGCUUAGUAAGUGUCACCCGGCAUCAUGAGGCCUUCCCCCAAAGACAGGGGCUCCACCUGCUCUUCUUUCUCUAAUAAACCACGGUCUGUCUGACCCCAG